CUUCCGCCCACGGCUCUGGAAUACCCGAGGCCCUUUGGCUGCGAACAACGGGAAGGGCAUUUCCGGUACCUGUUGCCACGGCGCAGGUCCAGUGGGCCUAAGGGGGCGAAGUUAUUGGCGUCCUCUCCCCCCUUUCUGGGGGUAGAGAUGUCGGGGCUCAGCUACCCAGAGAUGGAGGGCUGUCGUAACCUGCUCGGUCUGUUGGACAACGACGAGAUCAUGGCCCUAUGCGACACCAUCACCAACCGUCUGGUGCAGCCUGAGGACCGCCAAGAUGCUAUUCGUGCAAUAUUAGUGUACAGUCAAAGUGUAGAAGAACUUUUGAGGCGGAAAAAAGUCCACCGAGAAAUCAUAUUUAAGUACUUGGCAACACAGGGGAUUAUUAUACCUCCAGCUACUGAAAAACACAGUCUUAUUCAGCAUGCAAAGGAUUACUGGAAAAAGCAGUCACAACUGAAAUUGAAGGAAACGCCAGAGCCAGUUAAGACAGAGAACAUUAGACUCUUUGAACAGGAGAAAGAAGACAAAAAAGCUGAAAAGGUUGAUUUUCGUCGAUUAGGUGAAGAAUUCUGUCACUGGUUCUUUGAACUUCUUAAUUCUCAGAAUCCUCUUCUGGGACCACCUCAAGAUGAAUGGGGGCCACAGCACUUCUGGCAUGAUGUCAAGCUUAGGUUUUAUUACAGCACAUCUGAACAAAAUGUGAUAGACUACCAUGGAGCAGAAAUUGUGAGCCUUCGUCUGCUGUCACUAGUGAAAGAAGAAUAUCUUUUUCUCAGUCCCAACCUAGAUUCCCAUGGACUGAAAUGUGCUUCUUCUCCCCAUGGUCUAGUUAUGGUUGGAGUUGCUGGGACUGUCCACCGAGGGAACACUUGUUUGGGCAUUUUUGAACAAAUUUUUGGACUCAUCCGCUGCCCUUUUGUGGAGAAUACUUGGAAAAUCAAACUUAUCAACCUGAGAAUUAUUGGAGAGAGUUCCCUUGCUCCUGGAACAUUAAUGAAACCAGCUAUUACAUUUGAACCAAGUGAUCUAGAAGCCUUUUAUAAUGUAAACACUUUGUGUGGUCCAGUGAAGGAUGACUCAAUGUAAGACAGGCAUUGGAUAGUGAGACUGGAGACCAAACUUUAUCUAGUGGAAAUGAGGCACUGUUGAACAAAAGAGAACUAAUUUUACCUAACCCUUGAAGCAUUGAGUACUAUAUGUCAGUCUGAAAAAUGUUCUAUACAGAAAUUCUUCCAAAUACUACAUCAGUAAUGUCUAAGUGAUUUCAGAUUCGGGGAUUGACGUAUUUUAGUUGAAAUGUCUUUCUUGACUACAGGCUAACAUAUUAUGUGAACACUUGCCUCUUUCUACUUGAGUUGCAGCAAAUGUU